AUGCUGUUCUUGAAAUUCAUCCAUUUUGCCUAUGCAUUCUAUCUGAACACAGUCGUCCUCGAUCUGGAUGAAACACUCAUUUCAUCCGUCCAUCCCAGUCAAAUCUGUCGCUGCUGCAUGUACAAUGCCCGUUUCAUUCUCGAUAACCAGCUUCUCAUGCAUCCCAGAUCCCACCUCCAACACUUUCUAGAAGAACUCACUAGCCUAAAUCUACACAUAAUCGUCUAUACUGCUGGAACACGGGACUAUGCCAUGGCAGUUACGAAAAUAAUUGACAAAUCUAAGUUAAUUAAGGAAAUUUAUUCUAGGGAAGACUGCGUACUAUCAAAUAGGGGACCCAACAACAUCAGAUACAACUACCUGGUCUACAACAAGGACGUUGAGAAGCACUAUAGCAGCACCAAUGGCCACUGUGACAUAUUUUUAGAAAUGAAUAAGAACCAAAAUGGGUGCAAGGCCUGUCUCAAAAACGUCUUCAUCAAGUACAACGACUACCUGAUUCUUGAUGACAAUCUGGUCUACUCUGGUAACCAAAACAGCCACGUCUUCAAAAUUAAGCCAAAUAACAGACACCACAAGAUGGAUAAGGAGCUUCUUCUCAUUUUGGAGUGCAUUAAGCUUGUUAAAAGAGGAGUUAUUCGAAAGAAGGAUGCCAUAAACCUGUAUAAAAACAGGCGCAUUGGAUCCAGAAUGGCACUGUUGCGGUACUUACGGUAUCCACUGGUCUGA